AUGCCUCCAGAACCACAUAAUUUUCGCCCAUACUUUUUACUUACUAAAAACACAAAAAAUAAGGGAAAUGCUAUUGCGGUAUGUCUUAGUUGUAUUAGUAAUUGUGAUGGAGGUCUAGAAGAAGCUAAGCUAAAGGCAGAAUACACUAUAGAAAUUGAAGAUGACAAUGAUGAAUCAAUUCGCCAAUUGGCAAAACGAAGGAAACUUUCUACAUCAACAAUAUCAAGUUUUAAUUUGACCAAUA